AUGUGUGGGAAAGGUUUUGUUUAUAACUCACCUCUUAAGAAACAUGUGGCAACACUUAAUGGAAAGAAACCCUAUGAGUGUAACAAAUCUGAUUGCUUUUCAUCCUUUGGUGCACAUGCGAGAGGUCAUAAGUGUGAGUGUAAAAAAUGUUGGAAAAUCUAUACUCGUCCCUCAUCCCUCAUUUUACCUAAAAUGAUUCAUAGUAGUGAUAAACCUUACGAGUGUAUGGAAUGUGAGACAGCCUCAUCCCUCAUUGAACACAUAAAACACAAUGAGGAGAAGCCUUAUGAAUGUAAGGAAUGUGGGAAAGCUUUUAGUCGUUCCUCAUCCCUCAUUACACACAUAAGAAUCCACAGUGGAGAGAAGCCUUAUGAAUGUAAGGAAUGUGGCAAGGCCUUUAGUCGCUCCUCUUCCCUCACUGAACAUACAAGAACUCACAGUGGAGAGAGGCCUUAUAAAUGUAAGGAAUGUGGGAAAGCUUUUAGUCGAUCCUCACACCUCAUUAACCAUAGAAGAACUCACAAUGGAGAGCGGCCUUAUAAAUGUAAAGAAUGUGGGAAAACCUUUAGUCAGUUUUCAAUCAUAACUAGACAUAUAAGAAUUCACAGUGGAGAGAGGCCUUAUGAAUGUAAAGAAUGUGGGAAAGCCUUCAGUCAUUCCUCAACCCUCACUAAACAUACAAGAAUUCACAGUGGAGAGAGGCCUUAUGUUUGUAAGGAAUGUGGGAAAGCCUUUAGUUGUGCCUCAUCCCUCACUAUACAUAUAAGAACCCACAGUGGAGAGAGACCGUAUGAAUGUAAGGAGUGUAGAAAAGUCUUCAGUCGUUCCUCAUCCCUCACAGAGCACAUAAGAACUCACAGUGGAGAGAAGCCUUAUGAAUGUAAGGAAUGUGGGAAAGCCUUUAGUCAGUCUUCAUCUCUCACUAAACAUAUAAGAACUCACAGUGAAGGGAGGCCUUAUAAAUGUAAGGAAUGUGGCAAAGUCUUUAGUAAUUCCUCAUACCUCACUUUUCACAUAAGAAAUCACAUGGGACAAAAGCCUUCUUAAUGUGAGGAAUGGAGGAAAGCCUUUAGUCACUUCUCAUCCAUCACUGCACAGAGAAUUCACAAUGAAUAGCCACCUUGUGAAUGUGAGGAAUACAGGAAAGCCACUUGUUGCUCAUCUUCAGUAAACAUAUGA